GGAAAAAAGAAUAUUCCGCGAAACGUAAAUAACAACAAGCACACAGCAAUUUCCCUUCUUCAAUCCCCUCCCGAAAUUGCGAUCCCUUCCGCCAGAUAGAAAGAAGGAACUCUUCCGAUUCUCGUACAAAAACCCUCUUCCCCUCCUUUCAAUUUUCUGCUUCCCGAUUUUCUUUACGUCCGCGCUUUUUUUUUUUCGAUCGUCCGCCGCUGAUCAGUUCCGAUCGGCGAUUUGGGUUGUUUUUUUAGGGUUUGCUCGAUUAGUUGCGAGUGUUUCUUGUGGCAGUAUUGAAAUAGAGAGAUGGGAGCAGAAGGAGAUUCGAGCAGCUCGACGAAACCCGCCGGAGGUGAGGCAGGCGGUGAUCAGCAGCCCCAGCAAGGUGGGGAGGAUUUGGUUGUGGUCAAUGUCAGGUGCUCAAACGGCACCAAAUUCACGGUGAGGACGAGCCUUGAGUCGACUGUGCAGGCGUUUAAGCUGCUUUUGGCGCAGAAUUGCGAUGUGGCUGCUGAGCAGCAGAGGUUGAUUUACAAGGGUCGUAUACUCAAGGACGACCAAACCCUUGUUAGCUAUGGUCUGCAGGCUGAUCACACAGUCCAUAUGGUUCGCGGUUUCUCUCCAGCUUCAUCAACUCCUGCAUCUGGUGCUGCUCCCACAACUGCAGCUAAUCCCGCAAGUCAGAAUACUACACCAGGCGUUACAAGGGGUGUGGGCUCCAACGAAGGUGGGCCGUUUGGUGCUGCUGGGCUUGGUUCAUCUCUGUUUCCUGGACUCGGAUUGAAUAUGCUUGGUGGUGGAGGCGUUGGUGGAGGCGCUGGUGGAGCACCUAACUUGUUUGGAACUGGGCUCCCAGAGUUUGAGCAAGUACAGCAGCAGCUGACACAGAACCCGAACAUGAUGAGGGAAAUAAUGAACAUGCCUGCUAUCCAGAACCUGAUGAACAACCCCGAGUUGAUGAGAAGCUUGAUUAUGAGUAAUCCUCAAAUGCGUGAAAUCAUCGACAGGAACCCUGAGCUUGCACAUGUGCUGAACGACCCAAGCAUUCUCAGGCAGACCCUUGAAGCUGCUAGGAAUCCUGAACUCAUGCGAGAGAUGAUGAGAAAUACUGACCGAGCAAUGAGCAACAUCGAAGCUUCUCCCGAGGGAUUUAACAUGCUCAGGCGUAUGUAUGAAAAUGUCCAGGAACCAUUUCUCAAUGCAACCACGAUGGGUAGUACUAAUGCAGGGAAUAACCCGAAUGCGAACCCUUUCGCGGCACUUCUUGGAAACCAAGGUGGGACACAAGCCAGGGAUGCAUCAAAUAACUCUUCAACAACCGGUGCAGAGGGAACCCCUGGUUUAACUGUUCCAAAUACAAACCCACUGCCUAAUCCUUGGAACAGUAAUUCUGGUGGAAGCCAGACGACCACUACAACAAGGUCAAUUCCUGCUGCUGGGGAUGCCAGGGCAGCUGGUCUUGCUGGCCUGGGAGGGCUGGGUCUCCCGGGAAUGGAACAAAUGUUGGGGAAUAUGCCUGAUGCUACUAAUUUGAAUCAGUUCUUGCAGAAUCCAGCUGUUUCACAGAUGAUGCAAAACAUGCUUUCCAACCCUGAAUACAUGAACCAGAUGCUAUCCCUGCAGCAGUCACUUAUGUCUCAGAUGAACAGGCAGCAGUCAACCCAGGAAUCUCCACAGACGGGUACUACUCCAGGAAUGCCUAAUGCGGCUGGACUAGAGUUGUUGAUGAACAUGUUUGGCGGCCUUGGUGCUGGAGGCUUAUCUACUCCGAACCAACCAGAUGUGCCACCAGAAGAACUAUACGCGACUCAACUCACCCAGCUUCAGGAGAUGGGGUUCUUCGAUACUCAGGAGAACAUCAGGGCGUUGCGUGCUACAGCUGGUAACGUUCAUGCAGCAGUGGAGCGGCUGUUGGGUGGGAAUAACGGACCUUGAGAUGUCUUCUUGCUCUUCCUCCUCCCUUUGCGUCCAAACUGCUCGCAGCUUUUCCUCUCUGGUCUCUCUUCUUCCUUUCUUUCAGAUAAAAGUUUUUGUAAGUUUUUAUCUGACUUUCCAAUCAUCUUCGCCGUCGUCAUCGAUCAUGUAUUACUACUACCAAUACGCACCCUAGACUACUGCUGUUGCUGCUGCUACAUCUUUUUUCUUCAGGUCAAAAAAUUGUAUUUGUAAAAUUGUUGAAGAUAAAAGAAGUGAUUAUUAUUAUGAUUUAUGUUCAGAAGGUCAGGUGUUUCGUGUUAGUUUUCUGGGCUUACUUUGUGACCCCAUUCUGUUGUUAUCGUCAUCUCCCAUUCAGUUCUUC